CUCAUCUUCUCUCAUCACUUUCAUACGCUGGUACAAUUGUAUAUCAUAACAGUUCUCGAGUUCUAAUAGAUACUAUUCCCGCCACUGAAGUCUUUCUUCAAGUUGGAAUUUAACAAUGGAUUCCCUAAAGUACUCAAAGUUUGACGUCUCAGUCGUAACCUACAAAGUCGUUAACGGGCAAGAUAUUAAGUCUUACGUUCUAACACCGAAGAAUAUUCCCUCUGGGAACCACCCCAUCGUGGUAAAAUUCCAUGGUGGGUUUUUCGUUUCCGGCAACAGCCUUUAUCCGGACUGGUAUCCGCAAUGGUCUCUGGACUACUGCCUCCUCCACUCAGCGAUAAUUGUAACCGGUGACUACCGUCUUCUCCCCGAGGCAACCGGCGCCGAGAUAUAUGAAGACGUAUCUGAUUUUUGGGACUGGAUAAGAAAUGGUCUGCAGCCACAUCUUGACAGCAUUAGGGCGGGUGUCCAAGCCGAUCUUGAUAAGAUCUUGCUUCAGGGCGAGAGCGCGGGAGGGGCCAUCUCGAUAGUUUCUGCAUUGACGCAACCGCCAGGAUUUAUCAAAGCCGUCAUUGCCACUUAUCCAUUUUUAACUUUGUCGCCUAAGCGCACCAAGCCUAUUUUUGGCGCACCCAUCCUUCCUACGACGGUCCUCCAGGAUCAUUUGGACUCCAUACAGCCUGGAAAGAUUAUCACAGAGGCGACUCCACCAAAGCGGAUAAACAUUGCCAUAGCUAUUGCACAGCAGGAGCUGUUCCCGAGGUAUUAUGGAGCUGAUGAAAGACAUGACGCAUUCACGCUGCUUGAGAAAGCCAGUGAUAUACCUUAUACAUUCAUCUUUCAUGGGACCGAAGACUCAGCGGUGCCAGUCGAUGGAAGUAUUGAAUGGGUCGAGGCGGCCAAGAAUAAGCUUGGGCAGGAAAAGGUUAAAUUGCACCUUGAGCAGGGUGCAGAGCACGGCUUUGAUGGCGAGACCCCGCUUGAGACUCCGUGGUUGCAGGAAGGUCUCAAAGCAAUCACUGAAAACUGGCUUGAUGCAGGGACACAGUGAGGAUCGAAGGAUGCGCUUUUCUGCCAAUCCACUUAUCAGAUUUGAAUAGAUCCACCACGAGAAUCAAAGGAUUAAAAUACAUGCCACA